CUCAUAUAGAAGCUUUUCAGUAAAUUGUGCCUUAUAAGAAUAUACAGUUAAUAAAGGAGCAUACGUUGUGUCCAUGGGAAUUCCAUCAAACUGUUGAAAGACCUGAUCACCAAAGUCUACAAAAAUAGCGCCAUUGAGGGACUCCAGCAUCUUUUAAUAUCAACAUCAGGGUACUUGUGCGUAGAAUCAGAGUGAUGUUUAGCAAAAUAAUUUUUGAAUGACUUAUCACUAGAUAUAAAAUACUUCCUUUCAUCCAUUUUUGAUCAAGAACCAACUGUCUAUGAUGUCAAAAAGUCUAGUCUUUAAUCUAUCAUGGGGAACCACCGCGGUGGUCUAGAGGUUAGAGCGUUCGCCCCGCAUGCGGAAGGCCGGGCUUUGAAUCCCGGUCGCGACAGACCUAAGUCGUUUAAAAAACAGGUAGUGACAGUUUCAUCGCCAAGCGCUCGGCAUCAGGUGUGAAUGUCACGGGUCCUCGGAGAUGACCUUGAUAACGGAUGCCCCGUGUCACAGUAGGUGCGGUACGCUAAAGAACCCUCACUGUCCAAUGACUGUUAGUCCGAAAUUGCUUACGUGUUCCUGGCUUUUUUAUGAUUUUGAUAUUUAUCGUACUUCUUGUACUUAAUGAUAUUGAUUAAAAGAAAAUAUCUCUAAAAUUCGAUAUCAGAAGCACACAAUUGUAGUCAACCCAAUUUUCGUUGUCAUUUUGGGCGAACGAGUCACGUGACUCAAAACAAAACUCAACAGUUUGCUAAAAUGUUUUCAAAAGAUUGUUUAUGUGAUGAAAGAACCCAUAAAAUCGAUAUCAGUAAGUACAAGAACCAUCGUUUUAUUGAUUAUUGAUGAGUUCAACAUUGAAUUCGGCACUCAAGUAGUUUAAAUCAGUCUGAGAAUGCCGCCUCGACCUGGAUCGGCGAAAUUUCCAAUUUACGUAAUGGCACCGGUUCUGACGUUUUCCUGGCACGGUAAAUAUCAAAAUCACAAGAAAGCCAGGAAAACGUCAGACAUUUCGGACUAAAUGGUCGUAAGCGCAGAGCAAAGGCUUUAAAUUCAAAGUCCUUCACCAGUCUUGGUGACAUUUCCAUAUGAGUGAAAAUUCUCUCGAGAGACUCUAAAGAAGAGUUAAUCAAUCUAUCGUGAGGAAUUGUCGUUUAAAGUGUUGAAAAUUCAUAUUUGAUUUGAGAAAAGUUUUGUGAUUUCAAAGUUAUUAAAAGUUUUUAGAAUCCCUAUUUGAUUUACACCACUGCUGGCAUAUGUUUUGGCACAGUACUUUAAAAUUUCUCCUUGACAGCUGUUAAUAUCAUAAUGAUGUGUCAAUCUGCAAGCACUGCUUACAUGUACGUAAACAUGUAUUUUCUGAUGGACAAGAAUACAAUAGCGUAACUCGGGUACAUACUUGUUUCAAUGUUUGUAGACACAAUUUGGGCUUCGAAUUCACGUCAAUCAAGUUCAUUUAUUAGGAAACAUUCUUUACUACACGCAGUGUGUAUUUAUUAAUUCCCUUCUCUGACACUAGUAUACAUCCAGGUACAUAUAUGAAUAUAGUAAUGGUCAAAGAGGGUAACAUAGCCAUAAUAUAGUUUUCUGCAUGUCGUUCUUUCCCCUCCUGUUUAUAAUAGCUUGCGAAGCUCACUUUGUGACAAGCUCGCUUCAGUGAUUACACAUUUCGCUCGCGCGAUUUGCUCUUCGUCAGCUGAAAAAUGAUGAGGAUUACCCUCAGUGUUUCUGAAAAAAAAAUGUCGCCGUCACUGUGGUGUGCUUCGUUGACAACCCCGUGGAUAAAUAAAUAAAUUGUUCGGAAAGUAUCACAGACAUUUUUAAAUUCCAGACAAGCUAAUUCAUACCUUCGCACAUUUUGUUGUAGAAAAUAACUUGGUUUGAAAGAAAAACCCUCGCAGUAUGAUGUCACAUUGCACUAUUUACAUCGACUGCAUUAUAUUUCCCGCGUUAAAAAGCAGUCAUUUGUUUCUGUAAGCAAGUUGUUACGUCUGUAUGCUAACCUGUUAUCAUUAGUAUACAGACGUCAUAGCUUACUUACAGAAACAAGUGCCUGUAAAGUCGUGUCUCUUGUGUUUGGUGAUUGACGAUGAACAUAAUUUUGCAUAGAUUGCUGUCUCCGGAGGGGGGGGGGGGGGGUUACUGGGUUUUUUUUCCAGGCCCCCUGGAUCAGGAUGACACUUCUAUUGCUGAAUGUUUAUGCUGCCAAAUAUUUCUCAUCGUCGCAUACAUUUGUUCAUUAUUUGUAUUUUCCUGAUGCAUUUUAUUUCUAUUAAAUGGCCAUAACAAGCACGCCAAACCACAAUUUUGCUUCUUCAAUGUAAUCAACUUGUACCUUUGUUUAAGGGUAUUUUUGAUCAAUGUGUUCUGGCGUUGUUAUACUGAAACUGUCACAAAAUAAUUACUUCUAAAAGUUAUUACGUGAUAGGCUUCACAUUUAGAUAAUCGCAGUUUUGUAAAAACUUGAAAAACAUACCAGUACAUAAUGGUAUAAAAAUUCAUAAGAAUAUAUAUGUAUGCAUACCUACAAAAUAAAGGGAUAGUCAUCCUCCGCAAUCAUCAAUGUAUAUGGAAAGUGUUUAAACAUAAAACAUUCUUAUGAAGAUGUAUUACGUUACUUUAUAAGUGUGUGUUUCAAAACGUUACAUGGCCUAUCUAAACUUGCUAAUUCCUGAAGAAAUAAAAGACCCGUAUGUUUAAGACAACAAGGCAAUAGUGCAUAAAAACGUAAUCCACAUAAUAGACAAAACUGCGGUAGCGUACAAAGUCGUAUUUGAGGACGUAAAAUUACGCCUUUGCAUAGGCUUAGUUUACAAACGUAAAAAGGAGCCGUGUCGGAAUGAUCCGUAAAAAAUGAAGAAAAAAAUCGAGAAAUAUCUUUUUAGGUUUUGAAGAUUUUUUUUUUACACUUAUAUAUGCAUAUACGUUAUGGUUAUAAGAAUAUCAUUCUUUUUAUCCGUUUUAUUACACUACUGAUGGCCUUCAUGAUAUCUCCCUCGGCUAUAUGAACCCGGUGUUUGGUUUUUUUGCUUUUUUUUUAUUUUAUUUUUUUUUUUUACCGUUCGGUCAAGCGGGUUCAAAAGUGCCCGGAUGUCGAAAGGACAUUUAAAAUUGAAGAGAAAAUUUCCAAAAACUCCUAGGGGAAUUUCUAUAUAAGUAGCCCGUUACUAUGAAAACGAUCCACUUUUCAGAAUAAAAGUAAAAAUCAUUUUAAAGAUUUUAUCUAUUUUUAAUGAAUGAUGACAUUUAUAAUGAUUUAUUUUUUUCAGUAACGCAAUAUUUUUGCUCAUACAGAGAAUUGCUUAUUUGUAAAUAUGCCUUAUAUUCAUGUGUAGGAUGUAUGUCAAAUUGUCAAAGGCAGCUUUAGACCGAUGAAAAGUACGGAAGCCGAUAGGUGCCAGGAUAUAGAAUUAAUAUUGAUUUAACUGACGGCCGCCACUUAAUUUAUGUGGCGGUCGCCACUUAAUUUAACUGGCGGCCGCCAGUUAUUUUAUCUGGCGGCCGCCACUUUAUUUAUACAUAGCGACUGUCAAUUGCAAAAACAAUUUAAUUUGUAUUGCUGAGUGAUUAUUUUGAAAAGAUUUAGAAUAGUACGCAAACACACAGCAUCGUUUUUCAAAGUGUAGGGACAGUCGGAGGAGAAAUUGUCUUCUACAAUUGUUGACAAACAGAAAAGGAACUUAAAAAUGCCUCUUUUGCCCGAACUUCGUACUCCUCAAUUGGAGGGAGGGGGCUCCAUUCAUCUUUCAAUUUAUCAGUUCAUUCAUUAUUACAUUUUUACCAUUCCUUACUACCACCAAAAGAGUGGGAUGGGGGCCAAUCCGCCAAUUAAUCUCAUUUCACAAGUGAAAAUAACUUAGUUUGCAUGUGAAAAUAACAGAAAUUGAACGUUGUCAAAAAAUGGAAGGUCAGCUCCGUGGUUCUACCUGCCUAAUACGUUGGUAUAUCAAGUACACAUGAAGAUUUGCUCUUGCGCGAAUCUGUCGACAUUUGAUAUCGUAAACAUUUAUUUAACAGCACGAUCGAAAAACAAUAAUUCAAUGCUCUUAAUUGUAUAUUACAUACAUAUUACUAAGCAUUGGGGAGGGACUGCACCCCUUUCAUUUUGAGAGAGAGAGGAGUUGAAUAACUGGCGACCGCCAUAUAAAUCAUUUAAAUUAAGUGGCGGCCGCCAUAUUAAUUAAGUGGCGGCCGCCAGUUAAUCUAUAUGGCGGUCGCCAGAGAAAUUAACUGGCGGUCGCCAGUUGAAUUAAGUGGUGGCCGCAAGUUAAAUUAAGUGGCGGCCGCAAGUUUAAUUAAGUGGCGGCCGCCAGUUAAAUGAAUAUUAAUUCUAUACCUUGGCAUAUAUCGGAUUCCGUAGAAAAUAGAUGCAUUGACAUAUUUAAGAAAUCAUCGGUACGAUCUACUUUUAUACGCCUUUCGCCGUAGCUCAUAAAUAUUCAUUAUGUGAACUGGGUCGUGGAUUCAGGCUGGUGUGGCACUUGCUACAAAAAUAAAUCAUGGCUGUAUCUCCAAACAGAUCGUCCGUCCUUGUCAGUGGUAUUGAUCAGGGGACUAGUGGAACCAAAUUCUGUGUGUUUGAUAGCGUCACUGGGGAGACCGUAGCCUCCCAUGGCACGGAGACAAAGAGAAUCGAACCGAAAGAAGGAUGGACAGAGAUGGACCCUCUUUAUAUCAUGGACACAGUUUGGAAAAGCAUCGACGCUACUGUUCAACAGCUGAAGGACAAGAAUAUUGACGUACAACAGAUAAAAUGUCUGGGAAUCACCAAUCAGAUGUUGACUUUAAUACCAUGGAGCAGCAAAACGGGCAAACCCUUCUACAAUGCUAUAGAAUGGUGCGACAUUCGAACACACGACGAUAACGAAAAAGAACUUGACAAAGUGCCAGAAAGAAAUACAGAUCAUUUCCGAAAAACCACUGGACUACCUUUAAGUUCGUUAUUUUGUUACACAAAAGUUCCAUGGAUCCUUAAGAACGUUCCUGGCGUAAUGGAAGCUAUAAAAGAUGGAACCUGUAUGCUUGGUACAGUCAACACCUGGAUUUUAUGGAAUCUGACUGGUGGUGUAGAUGGGGGGCUGUAUGUGACGGACGUUACUAAUGGUCAAAUCACAGGCUUGUUUAACCUUGAAACAUGUACCUGGGACCCAGAAAUUUGCAGGUAUUUUGGAAUUCCUCACGAUGUAUUUGCUGAGGUUAGGAGUACCUCUGAAAUCUAUGGCUAUAUAAAAUCUGGACCUCUGGCUGGGAUUCCGAUAUCAGGGAUGUUAGGAGACCAAAUGGCAGGAACAGUGGGUCAGUUAUGUUUUACAGCAGGUCAAUCGAAAUGCACAUACGGAACAGCAGGCUGCUUAAAUAUAAACACGGGGACCAAGGCUGUGUACUCUACCUGUGGAAUGAUGACGUCACCACUUUUUCAACUCGGAAAAUCAGCUCCUAUUAUGUAUAACCUUUGGGGAGCCGUUGAAGGUUGUGGACAGCUAAUGCGAUGGUUAAGAGACAAUCUACAAAUCGUCAAAUCUGUUGAAGAAAUAGAAACGUUGGCGGCCUCGGUAGACUCAUCACACGAUUGUUUCUUUGUUCCCGCCUUUGGAGGACUACUGAGCCCAUACUGGGAGGAUGAUGCCCGAGGAACAAUAGUAGGAAUGACCGGAUACACAAGGAGGGAACACAUUUGUAGGGCGGCUUUAGAAUCGGCUUGUUUCAUGGUUAAGGGCCUUCUGGACGGUGUUGAGAAGGAUACAGGAUAUCCGAUAUCUGAGUUGAGAGUUGAUGGUGGGAUGACUGUAGACAGCUUGAUGAUGCAAAUCCAAGCCAAUUUUGUCAACGAAACAGUAGUUCGACCGUCUGUGAUUGAGUCGACUUCAUUCGGGGCUGCUCUAAUGGCGGGAGCGGCUGAUGGCAUCAAUGUUUUCCCCGUGUCCCCUGAUAAGUUGAAGCUUAAUGUAUCAUUUCCACUUCGUGAAACCAUUUUCAAACCGGCAAUGGAUGCUCAUGAACGUGAACGACUUUUCAAACGAUGGGAAAAAGCAAUAGAGAAGGCGAGGCAUUGGGCGUCAGACUAAUGGGAUGCAUCAGGAGAAUUUUAUUAUUUAAAACGCUUGCUGCCAAAUUAAAUCUGCUGCAUUCAUGAUCAAAAUUAAAUAUUUAUUUCAUACAACUCGUACACUGGAAAGACCUAUUCUGUCAAUUCAUCAAGGUUUAUUAGAGAUAUUUGAGUCAUCUGUUAAGCCAGUACGCAAUAAUGUUGCCAGAUCAAAGCUGCUGCAUCCAUGAAAAAAAUAAAUGGUUGUUUCAUGCAACUC